UCAUCAGCGAGAAGUUUUCAACUUCCUGCAGCUUAAUAAUUGACCAAGAGCUGUGAUUCGCACAGCCUUCCAAGGGUCACAUUCUCUCUAGUACAGAAGCUGUACACCUCUCUUUUUGUUAAUGCCACCCAGGAGGCCCCUCACUACAUUUACAUAGAAGAUAUGAUUACCAUCACAGAAUUUCAGAAGAUUGGAGUUGGCAUCACAGGAUUUGGGAUAUUCUUUGUCCUGUUUGGGAUACUUUUAUAUUUUGACUCUGUUCUGCUAGCAUUUGGAAAUAUCCUCUUUUUAGCAGGCCUUGCCAUUAUCAUUGGACUCCGAAGGACCUUCACUUUCUUUUUUCAGAGACCAAAGUUGAAAGGAACCAGUUUUUUUCUUGGAGGAAUUCUAGUGGUGCUGUUCCGGUGGCCUGUUAUAGGCAUGAUCCUGGAAACUUAUGGAUUUGUCACACUCUUCAAUUUUUCCAACAUUAUGCUGAAAAUGGAUCUGCAGUAUGAGAACACAGAAAGAACAGAAUUGCCAUCUGCCAACAUGGACAUUAUCUUUAAUUUUUUAUGGACUCUUCCUGACAAACACAGGAUAUAUGAUCACACACGACAAAAACAUUUGUGAAGCAAAACCAUCAUCUUACAAAGUGCCAUUUACACGUUCUGCUGUACAUACAUGUUUUUAACCUAGCAAGCACAUUUUUAAAAUAAGAACUAUAUGGCAUUAAAGGGAUAUGUGUAUUCUAAUAGUAUUUAAAGUAUAAAUUAAUACAGUAACCUCAAUAUAACAAAUGUGCAUCUUAAUUUCAUAAAUUUAGUAGUUUUUCCUAAGAAUAAAUGUUUUGUAUUAUGUUUUUGUGAAACUGUUGAAAUAAAGCUUUUUACCUAAAUUUUA